AUGGCAUCAGAAGCUCCUUGCAGAUUUGCAUCAAACUAUACCAUCGACAACAAGAGACGCCAAGUGCAACAGAUGGGUGCAGGGACUUCUAAGCCUGAGUUGAAGCCUGAGUUUAAGGACUUUCAUGCCAAUACUGUUGAAGAGGCUGUGAAAAAACUAGCUUCUUAUUUGGAGGACACAAGGGUGCUAAACCAGGCCAUCUACUUUUAUGGAUGGGGAGGACUUGGUGCAUCUGCUGUCCUUAACUCGAUCGCUGAACACCCUCCACCGUCUGUGAGAAACAAAUUUCAGAAUAUUAUACACAUUGAUUGCUCAAGGUGGAGAAACCGGAGAGCAGUCCAGAGAAUGGUGGCACACAAACUAAGGCUUCCUCAACGUGUAAUGGCUAUCUUUGAUACACAGAACGAGGAUGAUGAUUUAGCUGGUGUGGAUGAAUGCUCUAGGGUUGAGGUAUUGUGGACAUUCCAAGGAAGGCUUCGUGCCACCGAUGCACGUAACAAAAUACAGGGAACUGAGGCAGUGGGCACUUCAUAUCUGUACCUUGGUUCAAUUUUUUCUAAGAAAAGCUCUGAUUUAUCCCACAGGGUUGAAAUACUGCGUGAGGAAGCUGCAGAAAUAGCACAAUACACGAAUAAGCUUAUGGUCACUAGGGAAAUAGCUGAAGUGUGUUGUAGGUAUUUGUUAUCAUUGAAUUCCAAUGCUACCACCUCUCUAGACUUCAACUGGGUCACUCAUGCCUCAAACUAUUGGGUUUGUGAUGGGAUUCUACAAGAAUUCCAGCGAGAGGAAGCAUGGGAGGUUGCCACUGCGUUGCAUGAAGAGUUGCGGCUGGAGGGCCUCUCAUCUUAUAGAAAGACCUAUUCCUUUGAUGAUACAGCAUCUUGGAUUGUGGUCACCGAAGGUAUUGUACCAACAGUACAGCCUGAAACAACAUCAUUCUUUUUGGCAAUUAAGGAAAAAGAUGACCGUUCAGUAGUGUCAUUACCCAAGGACAUGUUCCAAAUAUCAGAGCAACUUCAUGUAUUGAAACUCUGCCACUGCACCUUCAGCUUUUCUUCACCUCCGUUCCUUUGUUGUCGAAACAUAAGAUUCCUUGGAGUUGAUAGCUGCAAGGAUGAACCACAUGAUAAACCAGAAGAAUACAAAGAACAAGAAGAGGAGGGAAAUGUCAGCCCAACAAUAGGAGAAUUCUUUCAAAGCCUAUGGGUGCUAGACGUAUGUCGAACAGAUUGGGAAUUGAUUGUAUCCCCAAAUACAAUAGAGAUGGUGGCAACAAACAUUAGGGAGAUCAAUAUAAAGAGCGGAAGAAUCUGGCACAACAAUCUUUCAUGGACAUGUCUAGGUAACAUUCACAAGCUUCGAGUGGUUGACCCUACACGUCCUUGGGAGACAGGCAAUGAGGAUGAAUUUAAGGAUAUGGUGAAGCUGGAGCUUCUUGACCUGUCAGAGAAUAGCACAAUAAAAUUAUUGCCAAGCUUGUCAGGUGCAAUUGGCCUCAAAACCCUUAUUCUAGAUGAUUGUAUUGGAUUGCAACAUGUUGUGCCUGAAACACUCCCUCCAACUCUUGAAACAUUUAGCUUAGAUGUUGGAUAUCAAGAAGCUAAAAUCUCCUGUAUCUCCUUGGCUGGUUGUGCAAGACUGGUCAAUUUCAGAUUGCAUGGGUCAGUAAUGAACCUUGAGGAGUUGGAUCUCUCUAACACAUCAAUAAAAAAACUUGAUCUCACUGACGAAGUGGUGCAGGUCCCAUGCCUACAGCGCAUCAUCUUGCUGGGAUGUGAGCAGCUUGGUGCUGUCCUAUGGCCAAAGCAUGGAAUGCCCAAACUAAUGGUGCUAGGUAUUGACACUCGGGGAGGCCCAGAAGCAGUUAAUUCAAAAACACUACAUGAUUCUUUUGUCAAUAAAGAACGAGAAGAAGGUUGCCAUGCAUUUAUUGCUGUCUCGGACAUGAGGUUCAUUCAGUCAUUGGUGUUAACAAGUGCCGAUAAGUUUUGCUGGAACACUGACCCUAGAUAUGAUCUGAAUAUUUGCUUGUAUUCUACUAGCAAAGAUGUCGGACAAAACUAUAACAAUGUGAAAAUGGGCCCUCUACAGAAGUGCAGUGUAAAUUAUGAUAGCAAUAGUGUGUGGCAGUUUCAUCCACUGGACCGCCAUGUAGAGAUUGAGACGUUUUGGGCAGCUGAUCUCUUGACAGCGCGUUGCAUUUGGAGCAAAGGAAGAACAAUCAACAUCAAGGACACUGAAUCCUUUGCAAAACUGCAGGCUAUACGUCUCCACUCCUGUCCUAAGCUUACAUUUGUUCUUCCACUGUCAUGGUUCAAUACCCUGUCUAGCCUUGAGACUCUUCACAUCGUCUGUUGUGGUGACCUCAGCCACGUAUUCCCUGUGGAAGCAGAGUUUCUGAACAAAAUAGGUACUGGCCAUCCAAGAGGUGUCUUGGAAUUCCCAAAGCUGCAGCACAUAUAUUUUCAUGAUCUUCCCAAGCUACAUCAGAUAUGUGAGGCCAGGAUGUAUGCUCCUGAGCUCAAGACCAUCACAGUGAGGGGAUGCUGCAGCCUUAAGCACCUCCCGGGCACCACUGACCGCCCAUAUGACCGCCCUGUCGUGGAUUGUGAGAAGGUAUGGUGGGAGAAGCUCGAGUGGGAUGGGAGGGAGGCUAGCCACCACCCUUCCCUUUUUGACCCACGCCACUAA